AUUAAUGUUAAUGAUCCUGACUUAUUUGGUGAAAAUCUAAAUUUUAUCAAUAUCAUGGCCAAGUUAAUGCUUAAUCUUGUUAACAAAGAUAAGAUUCACAAUUAUAAUUUUAUUACUAUCUUUGAUAAAUAUUUAAAUGACUGCCAAGAGGUAUCAUCUGAUAAUGAUAUAGACUUAGGUAGUAAAGAUAAAGUUGAAAUUGAUAAUGGGAGGUUAGAUCCAAGUGAGUUAAUGAAUCCUCAUAAACGUAAAGAAAAAG